UUGGGCCGUUUACACCCCUUCUCUGAUUCUCUCUCUCUCUCUCUGUGCCGCCAGAGGUUGCCUAAAGAGAAGCCGCCGCCUCCCUUUCUUCUCCCUCUUUGGUCCGUCCCUGUCUCUGUGGGAUCGAUGGCCUGCACCAUCGAUUUCCGGUGCCUAGAUGAAGGAUUGGGAGGCCAGAACCGCCAAAAGAGAAAGAGAUCGGCGGCAGACGAUGACGGCGAGCCCCUGGCCAUGGAGGUCGACGAUGUCCCUUCUUCGAAGAGAUCUGCCGUCCCCUCCGCAAACGACCCGGACCGGCCUACUUUCGGGAAGCCCACCUACGACGGCGUAAUCGCGGGAAGGGUCUCCGGCCGGAAGUGGAAGGAGCCCCGGCGGGAGAGGGCGUCGUCGGUGAGGGUGAGCCACAAGGGAACGACGUUCGAGCAGAGGGCGCGGGCAAAGGAGAUAAAGAAGGCGUACAAGGAGAGGAUGAACGAGCUGAAGGAGGAGAUAAGGACCAAUAAGGUGGAAAAGCGGAAACAGAGAGAGGAAAGGGAGAAGAGGAAGAAAGAGAACAUACUGAGGUCGGGUACCAAGCUCCAGAAGAUCACGAACCCGAAGACGUUGAAGAAGAUCGCCAAGUCGAAGCAGAAGAAGCUCUUGAAGGUGGUGCCUGACGAUCUGCUCAAGAAGUAGGGUUUUGCCUUUUCUUUAUUUUUUCUUUUCCCCCUCGUUUGAAAUUUAUAUAUGGUCAUAUGUAUGUUUUUGACUGGUGGGUGUUGGAGAAAUUAACAACCAUGAAAGGGAAAUGAGUUUAUCUCUUUUUUGGUAGCCGCAGAGGUUUUGUAGUGAAAAUUCAUUCGGCUAAACUACUUAAUUUUAACUGAGAUUUAGUUUGAA